CUCAUAAACCGGCUGUGGUUAGAACCGUUAAAAACUCAAAAACAUCCGGGUUAUUCGGGGCUGGGAGCCGCUUCGUGACAGCUGUUUUCUUUACCUCAGUAUAAUAUCACAUUUUUACUCUUUACACAACAACUACUCUGGCUUUAUAUUGAGAAUUUACCCUUUUAUUUACGUUUCGACUGUCAGACCUUUAUGGUGGAGCUGAAUCUGACGUCUAAAAAGAGAAACGGAAGAAAAUAGCGCGGACGGACAGAGCUCCGCAGAGAGCUGAUGCUACAGCUGCAGCAGCGGUGAUGAGCAGCAGCAGCCACCCGUUACGCCCCCUCGGCUCCGUGUCAGAGAUCGAUCAUGUUGAUCUGCUGUCUGAGCAGCUGGGGGCGCUCAUACCGGGGGAGGAGUACAGCGAUGUGACGUUCGUAGUGGAGCAGAAACGUUUUCCUGCGCAUCGCGUCAUUCUGGCAGCACGUUGUCACUAUUUCAGAGCUCUGCUGUACGGUGGAAUGAAGGAGUCUCAGCCACAGGCAGAGGUCUGUCUAGAGGAGACUCGAGCUGAAGCCUUCUCCAUGCUGCUGGGUUACAUCUACACGGGUCGGGUCAGCCUCAGUGCGGCUCGGGAGGAGGUCCUGCUGGACUUUCUGGGUUUAGCGCAUCGCUACGGCCUGCAGCUCUUGGAGGACUCCACUUCUGAAUUUCUGCGAACCAUCUUAAACACUCACAACGUGUGCCUGGUGUUUGACGUGGCCACGCUGUACGGUCUGAGCGCGCUCAGCUCCGCCUGUUGUGCCUACAUGGACCGACAUGCCCCCGAGGUGCUGGCCUCAGAUGGCUUCCUCACCCUCUCUAAGGCGGCUUUGCUGACGGUGGUCUGUCGGGAUUCCUUCGCAGCCAGCGAGAAAGAAAUCUUCCAGGCUUUGUGCCGUUGGUGUCGCCAGAAUGCAGAGGCAGAGGCCACGCAGGAAGUGAUGUCAAUGGUACGCCUGCCGCUCAUGACCCUGACGGAGAUGCUGAAUGUGGUGCGACCCUCAGGGCUGGUCAGUCCUGACGAUCUACUGGAUGCCAUCAAGUUGCGUUCAGAAAGCAGAGACAUGGAUCUGAACUACCGUGGCAUGCUCAUUCCUGAGGAGAACAUUGCUACGAUGAAGUACGGAGCUCAGGUGGUGAAAGGUGAGCUGAAGUCAGCGCUGCUGGAUGGAGACACUCAGAACUACGACCUGGACCACGGCUUCUCUCGACACCCCAUUGAAGAGGACGGCCGAGCGGGGAUCCAGGUGAAGCUCGGCCAGGCCUUCAUCAUCAACCACGUCCGCAUCCUUCUGUGGGAUCGGGACAGCAGGUCCUACUCAUAUUACAUAGAAGUGUCUAUGGAUGAGCUGGACUGGGUGCGAGUGGUGGAUCACUCAAAGUUCCUUUGCCGCUCCUGGCAGAAUCUCUACUUUCCUCCUCGAGUGUGCAGGUACGUGCGCAUUGUUGGAACACACAAUACUGUAAACAAGGUCUUCCAUCUUGUGGCCUUUGAGUGCAUGUUCACUCAGCGUCCCUUCACCCUGGAGAAAGGGCUUCUGGUGGCCAAUGAGAAUGUAGCCACAGUUUCAGCGUGUGCAAGUGUGAUAGAGGGAGUGAGCCGCAGUCGGAACGCUCUGCUGAAUGGAGACACGCGCAACUAUGACUGGGACUCAGGCUACACCUGCCAUCAGCUGGGCUCCGGAGCCAUAGUCAUCCAGCUUGCACAGCCUUACAUCAUCGAUUCUCUGCGCCUGCUGCUGUGGGACUGUGAUGAGAGAUCCUACAGUUACUACAUUGAAGUUUCCACCAAUCAGCAGCACUGGACUAAAGUAGUGGAUCGAACCAAAGUGGCAUGUCGAUCCUGGCAGACACUGAAAUUUGACAAGCAUGCAGCUUCUUUUGUUCGCAUAGUGGGAACUCACAAUACUGCCAACGAGGUUUUCCACUGUGUGCACUUUGAAUGUCCUGCUCAGCUGGACACUGAGGUAAAAGAAGGGAGUCCAGGGAAUUCCUGGCCUGAGGCGGGCACGUCCACUCAGCAGCUCCGGCCUCCACGACCCGCCCGGUCACACAGCCUGCUGCCCUCCCAGGCACCUUCGACUUCAUCAUCCUCCUCCUCCUCCCCUGCACAGCACUAAGCGCUGCACUGAAAUGUACAGUACUAUACAGAGGUCAAUACUGUGCAAAAGACCCUUUGUUUAUUUAAUUUCCAGUCUAAAUCACUUAAGUACAAAUUUUACAAGUUUUCAAGGGAUUUUUCAGAAAAAAAUGAAAAAAACAGACAGAAACACCUGUGGAUGUUUUCCGAUCUGAGGCAGCUUGAUUUUCUCUUCUCUCUCAAAGCUGAAAGCUUUAAGUGCUGUUAA